GCUCUUUUCUGGUGAAAAAAAAAAAAAAAAAACUAGAAAUGGAAUUUUCCAUAACCAAAAGGAAAGAAAAGAGCCUCUAUGGCUCUCCAAGAAAGAGAUCGUCAAAUUAAUACAAAUAUGGCGUUGCAGAAUCUCCUCUUCAUUACUCUUUCUUGAUAGGAAAAUCAUUCACUCUCUUUUAUAUCACACCCUCCCUCUCUUUCCCUCUUCCCUGUCUCUUUGUCUAUACGAGACAGUCAUGAAUACUUUUUUCCCAGAAAAGAUGAACAUCUAUGGUAAAAGGGAGAGAGGUCUGAACAUGAACAGACUCAUGCCUUUCCUGCUUACUUCUUUAGCCAUAGCCUCCAUUUUCAGCUUCUUCCUUGCUUAUUCCCCAAGCUCUUUUCCGAUCACAUCAAAACAAGCCCUUACUUCUGUUGAGAACCAGCCAGAUGAUGAUAGUCCUAGCCAUGCAGUACCAGUCAAGAUGAUCCCACCUCCAAAAAAGGAAGAGGAGUGUGACUUGUUUAAGGGUCAGUGGGUUCCGGAUUUGAGAGGGCCAUUGUAUACGAAUUCGAGCUGUAAGAGUAUUCCGGAAUCGAAGAAUUGUUUCAAGAAUGGGAGGAUGGAUAGGGAUUUUCUGAAUUGGAAAUGGAAGCCGGAGAAAUGUGAGCUGCCGGAGUUUGAUCCCAAGGCGUUCUUGCAAAUUGUUCGAGGGAAGAAGAUGGCAUUUGUUGGUGACUCUGUUGCUCGCAAUCACGUUGAGUCUCUUCUAUGCCUCUUGUCACAGGAGGAACUUCCCAAAGACAUCUACAAGGAUUCUGAAGACCGUUUCAGGACAUGGUACUUUCCUCAACAUGACUUCACCCUAAUGAAAUUGUGGUCCAAAUAUCUUAUAGCCGCAGACGAGAGGAUGGUUAAUGGCACUGGUUCAGGCGUUUUUGAUCUGCACAUAGACAGAAUCGAUGAUGAAUGGGCAAAGCACCUUCCGGGUUUAGACUACGCCAUCAUCUCGGACGGGCAUUGGUUUUUUCGGGUAUUAUACCUAUACAAAGGCAAAAAACUCAUAGGAUGUGUCUAUUGCAAUCAACCCAAUAUUACCGGCUUGAACACUAGCAAUGCAGUUCGCAUGGCGUUUCGAUCUGCAUUUAAAUACAUUAGCAAUUGCAAGAAUUGCAAGGGCGGGCUUCUGACCUUGUUGAGGACAUUUGCACCGGCACAUUUUGAGAACGGGGCUUGGAACACUGGAGGGUACUGCAAUAGGACGAGUCCCUUACGUGAGGCACAAGUUGAUUUUACGAAGUUUGAUUGGGAAAUGAGGAAGAUUCAGAUUGAGGAGAUUGAAAGAGCAAGAAAAGAAGAGAAGAAGAUUAAAGUUUUGGAUAUAACUAGGGCAAUGUUGAUGAGACCAGAUGGGCACCCUGGACUUCACUGGGGAAAUCAAUGGAUGAAGGGUUAUAGUGACUGUGUUCAUUGGUGCAUGCCAGGCCCGGUUGAUUACUGGAACAAUUUUUUGAUGGCACUUAUCAGAAAUUAAAGGAGCUAGGAAGGCUAAUUAGUU